UUCACAUUCACACCUAAUUCACUCACACAACCAUCAUCUCCAAAACCCAAACCCCACCUCACAUUCCCACCUUUUCACCUCAAAUCCCACUCAAUUUCCUCCUUUUACAGAAACCCAAUUAGAACCCAAUCAUUCAGCUCACUUCCAAAGUCCAUUGAUGUCUCCAAAGAAGACAAACCCAUCUCAGAACAACCCACUUCCGAGACACCCACUUCAGAACCCGAGCAGCAGGAGGAAGAGGAAGACAAAUUUGACAAGAGGAGGCUUGAGGAGAAGUUUGCUGUGUUGAAUACUGGGAUUUAUGAGUGUAGGUCAUGUGGGUUCAAGUAUAAUGAAGCUGUUGGAGACCCUUCUUAUCCCAUUCCUCCAGGUUUGCCGUUUGAUCAGCUGCCGGCGGAUUGGAGGUGUCCGACUUGCGGCGCUGCGAAGAGUUUCUUUGAUAACAAGAGCGUGGAGAUUGCUGGUUUUGCUCAGAAUCAGCAGUAUGGGUUAGGUGGUAAUACUCUUACCUCUGGCCAAAAGGCAUUGCUUAUAUAUGGUGGACUUUUAUUGGGCUUUGUGUUCUUCUUGUCUGGUUAUUUUCUUCAAUAAGAGAGAUUAUAUGAGAAAAUUUUGAAAUUAGUAUAUGCGUGCGCGUGCCUGUAUAAUAAUUGUACAUGGUUUAGAAUGGAAUUUCUCAUUUUAACAUUGGGCAGAAGUCUAUAUAUAACAUUCAUUUUGAGGUGUAAGUCGGUCUGGUUGAGUUCAUAA